CCGAGAUCGAUCCUUACCAUCUUCGACAAACAUCUUCUUGCACAGUUUUUUAGCAGGUCAAGUGACCAUGUUAAGGUUCUCUUGUUGGCUGCAUGUCUGUCGCCAAAGUGGUGGUGAGUAAGUUGGACUUGAAACCCUGGGACUAUUACAAUUCAACCCCUUUGCAGUCUCACUUCACCCUCGGACAAGGAAGACAGAAUAAAAAAAUACUUAAGGCCAAACGGAGUUAUCUCCCCCUGAAUAUUUGGCGCACUCUUUUGAUGAUUCCUCAUAAUUAACCGACGUCGCUCACAGAACUGUCCACAAUUUAAGGCUAUAUUUAUUAAUCCAUUCCUUGAAUAUUUUAUUAUCUUGAUGGAAAGUCUUCUCAAGUCGUAGAAAUUACGAAAGGAAACAAAUACCAGCCAUGAACAACCCCAGCAAACACUAAUUGGAAUCCACUUGGAACUUCCCUUCGUCUCCCCUUUAAUUGUUAUGUAUUUAUUUCCCCGAAGAAGUCGGAAUUGCGGAGAGAAUUUGGUCUGUGAUAUAUUUUUUUAAAAAAGACUCCCCCUUUUUAAAGGAUAUCUUUAUGUUGUAUAUUUGUCACCGGUGAUCCGUCUCUGUCAGAACAAAUGGAUUUUUGGCUAUAAACAUUGAAAACGAACCAAAAGUUGAGCUGAAUCUGUCAAUGUGUGAAGGAAAUAAAACGACUCCCAUGAUUUGUUGGUCAAAAUGUAUUUAAGGGAAACAUGAACAACAAACCAUAUUUCUUACCCUCAGAAGUAGCAAGGCUGGUUUUAGGGUAUUUAACAGACCUUGGUCUUGCACAGACAACAAAGGUUUUCCUGAAGGAAUGUAAGGACCUCAGUGAAUAUAAUGAAUUAAAAAAGAGAGGCUAUGCAUAUCCUACAGAUAUAAUGGGCCUCAAUCUGGUGAAUAUGUUGGACAAUUUUGGAUUCAUGAAAACUCAAGCUCUUGAACGUUAUAAUUCCUGUUCAUCCGUUGAUUCCCUAUGGAGAGAUAUCGAAGCCCUUUUAGACAAGCUGAAAUAUCGAACAUUUCAAAACCUUUCCAGCAACACAGUAGCAACAAUCUCCAAAUUUAGAACUCAACGAAAGGUUCAGAAAGGAGACACAUUGACAGUUAUUCCUGAAAAAAUUGGUGAUGAAUUGUUAUCCACAACUCAUUCUUCAAGUAAUGAUUUGGCUAAAAAGCUGAAGCAAAAUAGCGUCACUUUCAAGAAGUCAGACAACCAUGAAAAUCAGACAACAACGAAAAACCAUCAACAAGAGGAAUCACCGGAAAACUUAGACUGUGAUAUAAUUACUUUGAAUUCCCCACCCCAACCACCACCACCAAACGAAGAAGAAAUAACCGAGGCAGAGGAAAGAAAUGAUGAAGAUGUGUUACCCGAAAAAAGGAAGGUUCCAGAAUCUAGUAAGGACAAUAACCAGGCAACCAGAAGCAAGAAAUCAGGAUCUUCAACUGCUAAAGGCUCUGAUAUUCUACAAAAUGCCAUAACAAUCUCUGGUAUGUUAGCUUCUGAUCCAACAUCAGGGAAUGUGAAGGAACCGUCCAAGGAUAAACAACAUUCUGCUCCUAAGAAACCAGCAUCUGUGGAACUUGUUGCCGAUAAAAGAACUUUAAAAGAUGGCUCCUUUGCUAAUUCUUCACCGCUGUCAUCUUCUUCACCACCACCUCCACCACCAUCACCAUCACCACCACCACCACCACCAUCACAACCAUCAUCAUCAUCAUCACUACCUUCAUGUUCACUUUCUACACUACCAUUGUCAAUGUCACCAUUACCAUCAUCAUCAUCAACAACAACAGCAGCUUUAACAUCUACAACAACAAUAACAACAGCAACAACAACAGUCCCAUUGACAGAACUGACCACAACUACUACUACUACUAUUACCACCACCACCUCUGCAGACACAUUCCUCUCUGAAAACCCUUCAAGGGAUCCAUCGUUAUUAUCAAAUACUCAAUCACCUGACCAGACUAAACAGUCGUCUGCAGAAUCUGUAUCCGUGUUAGAAACAGGCCCCAGUGUUGAUGUGGCCCCUUCACCUUCACCUCCUGUUUCUCCUUCCACCACUGCCACCACCACCACCACCCCAGCUGAUACAACCACCACCACUACUACUACUGCUGCCUCCACCACCACCACCACUACCACCACAUCAUCAUCAUCAUCAUCAUCAUCAAAUCUUCCUAUGAACAGUCUCUCUUUAUUUACCCCCUCUUUCACCACUUCACCCUGUCUGAUCACUUCAGUGACCCAACCCAACUUUUACAGUAUGGCCGGUUUGGCAUUCACCCCAACAAAGACCUCGCCUAAUAUUUAUCGAACUCCAGUGAAAUCUUCCUCUCAGAAAGCUCCCCAACAUUUGUACGAAACCUUAAAUACUCCAGUGCGAGACAGAGAUGCCCCCUUCUUUGACUCCCUGACUCCUUCAAAACAACUGGACUCGGAUUAUGCGAAAUCAAAACGGAAACGAUGUCCCCCGGAGAAAAGACCUCUGGAUAUUUUCACUGCUGGACCUUCCCAGUUACGAGCUGAUUCCAGUAACAGUCAAGACGGCUCUUAUAACAAAGAUUCUAUUCCUACAUUUGUUGAGAAAGUUAUUUCUGAGACCAGCCUAGCGAAAGCGCUGGCCGCCAAUAUCAACAAGAAACUUUAUGGUGAUUCAAAGUUGGAUUUAGCAUCAAAGAAUGGUGAACCGAAACAAGUGGAAGAGAAACAGCCUGCAGACUGUGAUAAAUUAAUGGCUGAUAUAUUAUUGACUGACUUCCAUAUGACCAAAGAUGACAUUGAAGAAGUUAUCAACCAGACAAGCAAUGAUGGCAUUCCAGUUCUCGAUGAUCUUAUCAAACUCUUUUCAUCUGUUUCCGAUGAAGGCAUCUCUGAUGAUAAUUCUUAUCAAGGUAUUGAACUAGAAGAAACCAAUUCUUAUUCCAGUAACCUUCACAAAGACACUGGACAACGGUCAAAAAUGUCUUCUCUUGAAAAUGCUAAUGCCAUCCAUACCAGUUCUUCCAAUGAGGAAAACCGAAUAAAUCGGAAAGCACCGAGAACAUUCUUACAAAUUGUUGAUAAACUUUGUCCAGAUGAGUCCAGUUCACAUUCUCAAGACAAUUCUUUAGACCAGAAUUCUAUUGAGGAGAAACAACAAGAUGAUGAAGUACCAUCAUCUUGUAAUAUUUCCAGCCCAACGGAUAAUCAACCUGAUGUACAAACUGUGGAAAGUUCCAGCAAAAUCGGUGAAAUAUUACCCAGUGAAACCGAGUCUGAACAUUUACCUGCCAUUCAAAAUAAAAGCAAAGAUUCUAAGACUUGCAAAAAUUUCACUUCAAUGGAAGGAAGAGAAGGCAAUUCAAUUCAGUCUCCUGUUUUAGAUAACCAAGUUUCAUCACCACAAAUGUCUACUGCAAAGGAGGUGUCUUCUGCUGCAGUGGGUGUGUCUUCUGCUGCAGUGGGUGUGUCUUCUGCUGCAGCGGGUGUAUCUUCUACUGCAGUGGGUGUGUCUUCUACUGCAGUGGGUGUGUCUUCUACUCCAGCAGGUGUGUCUUCUACUGCAGUGGGUGUAUCUUCUGCUGCAGUGGGUGUGUCUUCUACCACUACUACUCUCUCUACUGAUACAGUAAUACAACCUACUGAUGAUGUAAGAGACUUCUGUGAGCAUCUCUUAACCAACACCUCAGCAUCUCCUUCGUCCUCUUGUGUGCAACAGACCUCCAGUUCCAAUUCUUCAAAAGGACUGAAAUGUCCAGUGAAAACAACCGCAGUUGCACGUCUUACAUAUACAUCAGCUUCAACCAGCACUGCAGAAGGAACUACACCUGUGGCCUCCAAAAGCAAUUCUUUGAAAGCAUCUGAUGCUCCCCAGCCUGUGCCAGUGGCACAGAUCACAAAUAGUAAUUUACGAGUUCUGUCUCACACAAAAGACACGUCAGGAAACAAUGUCCCUUUCACAUUGUCCCUUCCGUUUCAGCCAGUCCAGUGUCUGACCUCUACAGUAGUCCCUUCAACUAAUCACUCUUUUGUUUUGUUAACUCCUUCAAAAAUACGACCCCCUUCUGCUGACAGUAAUUGUGAACAACCUGUUCCAAAAGGUGGCAAUGAAAUUAUCAACACCCCAUCUGUAGCUCCAGCCCCUAAUUCCUUUCCCUCAAAUGUUCAUGUUGUGAGGCUGCAACCUAACAACACCCUGCAACCUUCAUCACUAAAUGCUUUCUCCUUAAAGAAUGUGCCUUCUGCAGUGAAAUUAAUUGAUCAGUUACCCAGUGGAGCUCCUAAUUACUCCAAUGUGAACGUUGCUGUCACAACGGCUGUUGUUCCGUCUCAAGUAACAACUGCAAUUUUCAACCCCCUCCAAUCCCAACCUUGUGUUACUAAUAUGAUGGCCUCUCAACCGAUUGCAUCAUUUAUUCCUGUUACUAAUUGCAUUCUGCAAUCCAACCAAACGAGAACUCGCAGAGUUUCAAAACCAGACAGCAUCAAAAAGAGGAAAAGUCGACAACCAACAGACGCAUCUUCUGCAACGCAAAAGAAACUUCAACCAAUUGCUAUGAUGAAGCCAGCCGCAAGUUUGAUGCCAUCCAAAGUCGUCACUUUGAGUUUACCAAUCGUCUCUGAAGAAACCAUUGUUUCCCAUCAAAAGGAAGACAAGAAUAUUGUUCUGGUCAGAUCUUCUGAUGAUUCUUUAACAAUUGAAAUGAAACCCAAUUCAAAUAAUGUUAUCUUGAAGAUGAAAAACCAACAGACAAAUAAAAUAUCAAGUUUCUUGAUGGAUGCCAAAAAUGUUCGUUUGCAGCUUGGUAAUUUUAUUGGUACACCACUUCUAACCGAUUACAUUCUGAAUUGUAUGUCUAAAAUAGAGUCUGCUUCAAUUCACAACUGUGACAAGGAACCAUUGCCAAAAAGACCGAAACCUCUAACUUUGGCUUCAGCUUCUAACUCGAAUCCGAAAUUUUCAGAAUUGAGAACUUGUGGUAUUUCUUCUACAGCGGGUCAUAGUUUUGAUUCUGUUGAUGGAAGCAAAAUUGUUUCAAAAGUUGGUCUUGAUGCUACUGUUCAUAAUAAUAAAAGCAGGGUCAGAGAUGAGGAGAGAGAAUCUACCUCUGUUGAUGGUAACAAAAGUACUUUUAUAACGUUGGGCCAAGGCAACUGUAGAAUGACUUCACAUAUUUAUCCCAGUCAAGGGUUGAUUAACAAUGCCAAAACCAAAUAUCUUUCAAAGACAAUUUUAACAGGGUCAAGAAUAGGACAGUUCACCAAUACUUCUUGUCAGAUGUCUGGACUUGUAGGACAACAACCUUUAAGAAAAACAUUUAGAGGGACCCAGCCAAAGACUGUUCUGGGAAGUGAUGUACCCACAUCAGAACCCACUGACAAAACUGUCAAGCAAAGGACCAAUGCUGCAGAUGUUGAUGUUAACCCUGAGACAGGGGAUCAUUUUAUCGAAGAAGACGAACAGGUGGCUAUAGACAUUCUCUCGACUCUACGCUACAAUUGUAGCAAGCCCUAUGAAAGUUCAUUGGUGGCAUCCUCAUUGUCAGCAAAUUCUGCUGAUGUGAACAUCACACAACAACAACAACAACACCAAACAUCAAACAUUAGAACCAAAACAACCAUCACCACAUCUUCUAAAUGCGCCAGUCCACCAUUAAAUCUCAGUGACACUGUAGGCUACGUGCACCCACCCGUGCGUUUUACUAGUCCACUGCAUCCAUUUGCUCUUUUGCCCACAUCACCACUGACCACUCCUAACAAACAGACUUUUGCUACCACCACCACCACUACUACUACUACCACUACUACCAGUAUCACCACUGCCACCACCACCACCGCCACCACAAUCACCACCCCCACAACCUCAUCCUCAACAGAUAAACACAUCCUCAGUCAUAGAGAUGUGCAAAGGCAAAGUGUGAAGAAAAGUGUCAGAAAGAAAAAUAAUAAUAAUAAAAACAAUGAAAAUGUAAAGAAAAAGAAAGGAAUAAAAAGGAAACUUUAUGUUGAUGAUGAUGAUGAUAAGGAGAAGGAAAAGGAGAAGAACAGGAAGGAGGGUGUAGAAUCAGAGAUUUCAUUAAAUAAGUUGGACAAAUCCGAGAUCGACUAUUUCCUCGACCACCUCCAUGCGGAUUCUCUGGACAGUGUCCCACCAAAAUCCAUUUCUUCUGCCGCUGCCUCUGACGAUGAUAAUGAUGCUUUGAAAUAAAAGAAAAUAUUUUUGUUAUCAAA